CCUUGCCUUCUUCCACCGAUUUUCCAUCCUCCAAGAACCCGCAAAUUCAGCUUCUCGAGGCUUCCCUUUACGCAGGCCUUACGCCCUCACGCAUACGACGCAUCGACGCUCAUUCAAGACCCCUUUGAAAUAUUGAAAGAACACGUCAAAACAGAAAUGAUUCCUUUGAUUCCAGCUCUCGUUCUUGCUUUCUUCUCGUUCAUAUGUUCUGCUUUCGUUAUUUUUCGAAUUGUUGUGCCAAUACUUCCCCCUCAUCCUCUGAGUAGGCGUGUUGCUCCAGUGAGCUCGCUUUGUUUCUCUGUUUGUGUUGGGUGAUUUUUGAACAACUUUAGUCCGAGUUUGGUCUCCCCAACUUCCGUUGCCUCUCAUCAGCUGACAAGAGUCAUCUAUGGUUGGCAUCCCUCGACUUGUUGGCAUUGGUAGUUUUUGUUUGGCAAGCAAUCAGCGAAUACACUGGGGGACCUACAGGUUAUGCCAAUGCUCAAGAUUCACUCGUCUCGGUUCGGCUUUGGUUUGUUUUGACAGUCAGGCAGACAUGUCUUCUCGUCAUUACUGGAAUCACCCUUCUUCAUGUUCGACUUGGCCGUUCCGUUACCUUUGGAACGAAACAUUGGAUGUUGUGGGGGCUCACACUUGUCUUUGUGGUAACCUCGACUGCCCUAUCCGGUGUAUUGACGGCUGCAAACAUCACAUCCCUCUUCGUCGGUCUCUUGUCAUACUCAACCUUCAUGGCGGUUUGCACCAGCGUCGCGUUUGGUUGCUUAAUUGGUACUCUUCUAGUUAUCAAACGCAAUCUUGCGACUUUGAGUGAUGAAGGACACGAUACAUGGCCUCCCCCCAAAGAAGUCGGGGAAAAACUCAGGCCAUCUUUCACCUCAGACGAGGUUGACGCUAUGCGUGAUGGCGCUUCGUGGAUUACCUCGAAUGCAAGUUCUCGUCGAGAUUCCAUCUCUGCAUGGUCGUUCACGACUCAUCAAACAACCGUCCCUUCUCACCACGGUCAUGGUCGUCCUCAGAAUGGUGGUCAUCCAUCUGUUCCAGGAAAGUCAUCCUUCUGGUUCAGCCCUAUGUCUCAGGAACAUAUUCCACCGGUUCCACCUCUUCCUUCUCCUUAUGGCCCUAUAUCCCCUACCGCCGCUACCCUUGCAGAGGCUGAUCCCUUCGGGCGAACUCCAACCCCACAGCUGAUGCCCGAGCACCCUCGCCAACGUUUUGGUUCUCAAACAUCAUGGCUGACAUCCAGUGCCGGGUCACAUACCAUAAUAUCCACCUGGUCUUUUCCUACUACUCACCAUGAGGGCUCUAUUCAUAAUGCGAGCUCACCGAACCUCAACACACAGCUUCUGCCCUCCACUGCUGUGUCGAUGUCACGUCCUAGCACGCCAGCCAUGGCCGACGCAAAAGUUUUAGGGGGUUAUGGAUAUGCGCCGAAGGAUUUUGAAACGGGCCUUGCCGCAUUGGCGGCACCUGCAGGUAGUUCCCUCGACAUUACUGCCUACAGAGCAAUUGGUUGGUUCCUUAUUAUCUGGGUUCCUCUUGGACUUUCCUAUCCUUACUUGAUUUCUCUCUCACAGGACAAUUCCGUAACGACAUUGAUUUCCGUUUUACUCACUUUAUCGGUUACGCUUUCCUCCCCUACUCUUGCCUUGAACAUUCUCUGCCGCUCGCCUCUCCCAAUUCCUGAUGGACUCUUCGACGUUCACGGUGAUCUUAAUGGUAAUCCUGCCAGAGGUCCUUCUCCCACGAACACCGAACCGACUCUCAAGUGGUCGCAUGAGUAUAAGCGCAGCACCAGUGCAAGUGUCACUGUUGUUGAAGGUCGUCGCAGUGGUGACAUUUGGAUCUCCAAGGGUGAUGCCGUUGGUGGCCGUAGUAAAGUGAGCCGGGCGAUGAGUAUGAUAUCGCCCAUGCCCAAGCUCUCUGUUCUUCCUACUCAGGACUUGGAAGAUGGCGAGUUCACUCCACCACUUCCUAUCCAAAUCGACGAGACUCCCUCGCGUCUUAGCUAUCACAACCGUUCGCACUCUGAGACCAGUGCACAAUUUGGAAGAAUCAGAAAAGAGUCCCAAGCGAGCUCGAACGUAUCUGGAGCGGAUGACUCGCUCGCCUUCGCUUCAAGAAUUAUGAUUGCACAGAGACAUUAUUCUGCGCUCGCUCAAACUGUCCACGUACCUGCGUCUCCCGAAAAGCGAGCAUCUGCUGAUGAGGUCAUCAGUCAAGGCUUUUCCAACUCCGUUAACCGGACCAGUGCAAUGAAUACUGGCCUGCACCUUCGAACACGCUCGGUUUCUUCCAUCAGCGGUCCCAAAACACCUACUACUGGAGAUUCCUUCGACGUCAGUCCACCGCCGGCUUUCCCUUUACCGCCCACACCUCCCAACGUCCGCGCAGCUCGUCUCGCUAAACAGCACAAGCGUAGUUUCUCGUCCGGAUCUGCUGGUGGUUAUUCGUUCGGUGCUGUUGAUGACAUGAACGAGAUUGAUGCCCUGACUGCCGGAGUCUUGCCACUUCUUAUCCCUGGACUGAAAGUCGGCCAAGACAUGAGAAUUAGAGAAUCUCCACCGGCUACUUGGAGUCGUCGUGUAAGGCCUGACGCUCGGAGUCACAGGUCUCACAGCAGGAGUCGGAGCAGGAGUGCUGUAGGUAAGGUUGACGGUAAGACUGCCCGACUAUUGAAGGCCCUCGACGAAUUUGGAGAGGAAUUUUCUUCACCUGAAGAUCACUCCACGCCGGCGAGGACCAAAGUUAAGGCUGCCGAGCAAAGGAAGAGGAAAGCCUCGACUCAUAAGAGGAACCAUAUGAGCUUGCCUAGCCUCGGCCUCGGUAAAGACGGCAUACACUCUUUCACUCACUGGGCAAACGAUGUGGGACGUGCCUUGGAGAAUAAGAUCGGCCAGUAUACUGUUGUCCCCUCCAGUGUCGAGAUCACCCAGAGAAGAAACACUAUCUUCGGCGGUGAAACUUCUUCGGGACUACGCUCCGAAGCUGUUAACGCAGUACCAGCCCCUUCGUCCUCAAAGCUUGGAAGAGCCAUGUCCACUCGUAGUCUUGGCCUCCGUGCUGAGGUCCCUCAUGGUGUUGAUACUGCCCGAUCGUCCGUAGUUACCAUCCACCGUGAUAUCCAUCCAUCUUCAGCCGCCUCUACUGUCACCUUGUUCGACUUCGAGGCAUCCGGGCCACAGGCUGAAAGCACUCCUCAUAACAACGCCCACAAACGUAUCUCGGAACAGGUUGAUGAGGUCCCACCUCUGCCCACCACCAAUCAAAACAGUAACGCCCGCAAAACCCGCCGCUCAAGCAUCGUAUAUAUCAAGUCUAACGAGAAUGACAUUGUAACGCCUCCCAAUCACGCCAACACGGCCACCAAACCAACGUCUUCCACAAGCUCUUCUCUUGCCCAAUGGUCUUCCCGAGCGGUUCGACCACUUAUACCUAAAUCUAGCAAACUUAUGCGCAAGUCAUCCAAAGUAGCAACCUCAUCUUCUGUGCUGCCAGACACUAAGCCCGAGUCGCCAAGGACAGGUCUGCGACCUUUGUCCCUUCUCCAGGACCGCGAUCCCAAUUCCGACCUUGACUCCAAAGGGGCUGGACCUGUUGUUGAGACUGUCACCAAGGGAGGCACACGUCCACUGCUUCUCGGGAAGAAACAGAAAUUGAGAGGCGCAGAACGGCCCAAGGCUGGUGAUGAAAACACUAACCCGGAUGCAGCUCCUCGUGCAAAGAAACACAACUUGAAGCCGCUGAACCUAGCUAGAUCCGAGACUAGCAAGAUGCGAGCCAUCUUGAGGGCACAGGAAGAGUUACCUAAUGUUGUCGUCAGACCUCCAUCCACAACUGAACAUCAAGUGUAUGGCUAUACCUUCCGUGGUUGAUCGGUAAUUAUCGUCAUCGUUGAACUUUUCUAUGUUUUUUUUUUUUUUUUCCGUUCUGUCUUCCUGCUUUCUUGCACGCUUUCCUCUGUCCGUGUUCAAACCUCUCGAUGAAUCUUGCUGUCACCUUGCUGUCCAUAUCGCUUUCUGCUUUCGUUUGAUAUACUUCUUAUUUGUUUGAACCAUGUGUUUACGGGGUGUCGCAACCUACUCUUUUGCUGUGAUUUAUUACGCUUCCUAUGCUUUGACACCAUAUGCUCUCUUCUUGCUCUGCUACCUACGUACUCUCUUGCUAUCGGAUGCUCUCGAUGAACUUCC